AUGCCGAAGCGUAAGAACCAGGCGCCUGCCAAUGGCAAGUCGAAGAAGAGAGCCAUCUCGGACGACGAAGCGCACAAGAACUUCGACGCAGGCCUGUUCGAUAGCAAGCGGCUCGCCGGCUACACAGACUACUAUGCCGAGUCGCAACCCUACAAGCACGCCGUCAUCAACAAGCUCGUUGACGAUACGCUCUUGCGCAAAGUGCGCGAGGAAAUCCGUGAGCACAUCUCCUUCACGCCCAAGGAGACGGACAUCUACAAGAUCCACCAGUCCGGCGAUCUGGCGAACCUCGACGGCCUCGACGACUCGGCGCUCAAGCGCUUGCCCUCGCUGCUCACCCUCCGCGACUCGCUCUACUCGUCCGCAUUCCGUAAAUACUUGUCUUCCAUCACUGGGUCUGGCCCGUUGAGCGGGAAGAAGACAGACAUGGCUGUCAACGUGUACACACCCGGUUGUCACUUGCUGUGUCACGACGAUGUCAUUGGGAGCCGGCGCGUGAGCUGGAUCUUGUACUUGCUGGACCCAGACAAACCAUGGAAGCCCGAGUAUGGAGGUGCACUGCGCUUGUACCCUACCGAGCACAGGAGGACAUCAGAUGGCGACGAGGUCAAAGUCCCAUCGCCGGAUUUCUCGCUCGUGAUCCCGCCUGCCUGGAACCAGCUCUCUUUCUUCACGGUCCAGCCUGGAGAGAGCUUUCACGAUGUAGAGGAGGUUUACAAGAGGAGUCUCGAAGAGAGGGAAGAGGAGGAUGGCGGCAGAGUGCGCAUGGCGAUCAGCGGCUGGUUCCACAUCCCACAAGAAGGCGAAGAGGGGUACGAGGAGGGUCUGGAGGAGAAGCUCGCCGAGAAGAGCUCCCUUGCGCAACUGCAAGGCGGCAAGGCUGAUGUCUUUGACGAGCCUCAGGCGCAUUGGGUGGAGAACCCAGACUGGGAAGAGCAGGCCAAGCAGGAUGGCGACGACGUCGAACUCACAGAGACGGAGAUCGACUUCCUGAUCAAGUACAUGAAUCCCAACUAUCUUACCCCGGAUACCGUCGAAGAAGUCUCAGAGCUCUUCCAGAAUGAGUCGUCUUUACGACUUGCCGGUUUCCUGUCCGCCAAGUUCUCUGCGCGCCUGCGUGAGUACCUCGAGUCCAAGGACCACGAAGCCAGUCCAAGUCUGCCAUCCAACCCUCACAACAAGGACGCGAAAGUCGGUACUGCACGCCCGCCACACAAGCAGCGUUACCUCUAUCGUCAGGCCGUUCAACCCAUCCCAUCAGAAGGUUACCCUGAGAACAGCGGCAUGACACCUUACGAUGAGCUCGUCGACAAUCUCUUCCCGCACCCAGCAUUCACAAAAUGGAUCUCCCUCGUAACGGGCGCUACCCUCACAAAGAGCAACAUCUUCGCACGCCGCUUCCGUCGCGGCCUCGACUAUACGCUCGCCACCGCCUACGAAGAGGAAGACCCGCAGCUAGAAGUCUGUCUUGGCAUCACGCCAUCCAAGGGCUGGGGCGACGACGACGACGAGGCAGAGGAAGAGGCAGAAGAGGAGCCCAAGGAAAACGGUAGCUCAGGCAAGGGCAAAGGAAAGGGCAAAGCCAAGACAAACGGCAAGUCGGAACCCAAGCAGAAGCAGGAAGAGGAAGAAGUCGGCGGCUACGAAAUGUACAUGGCCGGUGAAGACGAAGAUGAUGCGCCCACCGGCGAGCCAUCGACCAGCACAGGAGCUGGCCAGCGUCGCAAGGCAAAGGCGGAUCCAGCCAUCUACAAGAGCGCGGGAGACGACGAAGACGACGGGAUUCUGUUCAGCCAGCCGGCUGCGUGGAACAACCUCGCAAUUGUACUCCGUGAUAGGGGGGUGUUGAGAUUCACAAAGUAUGUCAGCAAGAGCGCAAAGGGCGACCGGUGGGACGUGUGUGCAGAGUACGGAGUCGAGUUUGGCGACGAUGAUGAUGAGGACGAUGAAGAGUAG